AUGACCUUCGAAGGUAUACAGCUAACAAAAAGCGCUAUGAUUGGCUUCGAGAUGAACGAUAUAUUGUAUUAUGGCGGGUUGGUAUUGGGCGCUUGGGUGAUUGGAUGGUAUCUAAUAUAUUUUGUGAGUGGGUUUCAUUUGAAAACCAUAGGAAUAAAUAACGGUGUACUGUUCAAUGGGAUCAGUUACAGCAACAAGAGGGUGAGUGUGACGCUCAGGACAUUCAGAAUUCGGUUGUGGGGGAAUACGAGAAAGAUUGUGAUGGAUGAUUUGGUGAUAAAAUUGCAUAGUCGGGACAGACCCACGAUAAGGCCCAAAACCCCCGAGAAAGGGGACGAUUUGGGCGAUGGGACAAUUGAUUUGACGAUAUUUCCGUCGAAUUGGGCCGCCAGGGCUGUCGUGCGGUUCGUCCUUGGUCAUUUACCAAGCAUAGACAUUGGAUUGAAGCAUAUAACGUUAUUACACCCAGACUCGACGUCCACCACAAUUGAGUACUUGCGGUUUAUGUUGAAUUCGAGAUACAGCAAGAAGUCAGCCAACAACUUGAAGUUUUACACUACAUUGGUGGUGAAUGAGGUGGUGAACUCGAGCGAAUCCGACAGUUUGAAGCUGGUGCCCCCCAUGUCGUUGCUGACAUUAAAGUUGCAAUUGAAUUUGCAGAUUAACAUGGAAAAGGGAAAUGUUCAUAAUAUCCAGGUGAGACUCUUCACCGAUGAAUUCAAGUGUGUUAUAUUCAGAACAGCCAAGCUCUUCAUCGAUAGAAUUAAGAGAGACAUGGAAUUCAGCGAUAAGAGCAACGAGCCGGGAAUCGAAUUUGCCCCUAAGUCUAACGUCGAGUCCCAAACCAAUUAUACUGAAGAGGAAUCACAGGAGCAGGAAGAUGCUGGCUCAUCGAAGCAUCCAAUCAAGUUUGAUAGAUAUAUCAAGAUUCGAAAUAAACUAUAUCCGGUAAUCAAGGAAAUAUCGUUCAGUUUAGACAAUUCAGAAUUAUUGGAGAUUCCAUUCGCUAUCACGGAUAAGGAAAUGUCCUUCAGCGAUUAUUUUGAUUAUUCUUCUCGUAAGCGCUCCUUGGAUUUGUUUUCAAAGAGCAUUUCGUUUAAUUAUCUGAAAUUAAAUAAAACGGCCGCAGGAUUUCAUGUUUUAUUUGACUCUGAAGUAGACGACCCAUUUCAAGUUAAUACUUCUAUUCAGUCUUUAAGAGUUAACUAUUGCAAACAUACCAAGGAAAACAAUCAAGCAACUUGUCAUAAGGAUGAAGUAUUAAAUAUUCCGAACUUUAAUUACACCUACAAAUCUAACAUUUUAGAUUGUAUAGUUCGAGAUAAAGGGUUUAAAGAUUGUGUCACUGAAUUUGCUGCUUCAGCUUGUAGCCCCAUGAUCGAUCUAAAUACCAUCCAAUUGGCAACGUUCAUAUACAAUUGCGUAUUAAUAAAGAAGUAUUUUACUUUAAAGCAUUUGAAGAAGAGAAAUAAAAAAUUGAAUCGUGAAAUAAUUAAGGAACACAUUAAUGCUAAUAAUGAUACUGAUAUUGACAGUGAUGAUAUAGACACAACUCAAGUAGAAUCUGAUAGUAAUGAUGCUGACAACCUUGAAAAAUUAUCUCGAACAAAAUACAAACAUAAGUUGCUUAAACUUCUCGACGAAUAUUUUCCAAGAGUUGAUACAAAGUUUGUCAUCGAACAACCCAGAUUUAUAAUAAGACACCACAAUAAGACUACAAAUAAAACUCAAAUAUUAGACUUUUCAUAUUCAUUACUAAACUUUCAUACAUUCACUACCCCAACACGAGACUACAACGUAAAUUGCCACAUAAUACAUCCUUGUGUUAAUUAUGUACAAAAAUCUAGCGUAAUGUUACAAGAUGAGAAGAAUAAAGUAAUCAAAAAACAAGUAUUAAGUCUCAGGUCAAUAAAUUUCAAGCUUGAUAUCUUGAAAAAUCUUGAAGUAAAAUCUACAAUAGUGAUAAAUGAGCCUAGGGUAGAUUUAUCUCAAUUGAAUAUAAUUGCUGGCAUUAAUGAUUUAUUGCAAGAUAUCACAUGUAUGGCACAAGAACAUUUGAAUUCUGGAUUAGUUAAUUUAAAUUUAAAUGCUGCAAUUAUCAAACAAAGACUAAUAUUUCCCGAGAGUACACAAGGAUCUACUGCAGAAUCGACACCAUUAGAAUAUAAAUUAUUCAGAUAUUUACCAAAUUGGUUUUUGGGCCUGGAAAUAAUUAUUUCCAAACUAAGUUUCAUUUUGGGAUCUCGUUCAGUAUUGAUUGCUAAAGAUUACUUAGAUGAAAUUAAUGGAGAAGGUUAUAAUUCAGAUUAUUUCCCUGAAAAUCACAAAUUAAGAAAUGUAAUGUUCACUAUUGACAACUUGAAUUUGAACAUAAGAAAUAAGGCUUAUGAUCCAAAGUAUAAUCACACCAAUUCAGAAUCUACAGAUACUUUAGCCGCAAAUGAAAAUGUAACCGUAUUUUGGGACAUUGAUAUGCAAAUGAGCAAAAUUCAAUGUGCACUUCAACUUCUUUUGAAUAAAUCAAAUGAUGAAUACGAGGAAUUUUUGAAUUUGCCCAUGACAGAUAUCUUUGUCAGUGCAGUUAAUUCUAACGGUAUAAAUGAUUUAAAAGUGGACAUAUGCGUAGACGAUGUGAUAGGCGAUUAUGACAGGUACAAACUUUCUAUUCUCAUUGGGGCGAUCUACUUAGUAAGAGAAGCCAUAUUAGCUCCCAUAAAAUUGAUCAAGAAUAAGCUUAGGAAUGACAUGCAGAAAGUUGCCAGUAAGUCAUCUACUCAGAUUGAAUCACAAACAAGAAAGAUUAGUGAUUUUGCGAUUCUUAACUGCAAAAUCAAACAAUCGAACUUAAUAGUACACUUGGAUGAUAAUUAUAAAAUCAAAUUACAAUUAUUUGACACAGUUGCAAAUCUUAAUAAAGGAGUUAUUAGUUUGAAUAAUAAGUUCUUUAGAAUACUUGCAGAUUCGCCAUUUAUAGCAAAUAAUUGGUGCAGAAUUGCGUGUGUUGAUGAUCUUAAGAUGUCUGUGAAUGAUCCUUCAAAUGAGUCAAAAAUUGCUAUUGCAUCUGAUUCUAUAAGGCUUAUUCAACCACAUGGGUUUGUGAUAUACAGAUUGUUUGAUAAUAUAUCGAUCACAAUUAAGAUUUUAAAGCACUUGAUUAGCUGCUUAAAGAAUGAUCACCUUAAGCGAAGAAACAUUGAACCAAAAGAGGGUAAGGCCAUAAAUUUCCCUCACAUUCGUAUUAAAUCGAAGAAAUUAUCUUUUAAUAUGGAAGAUGAUCCGUUUGAAUGCGAGUUAAAUAUGAUACAUCAAUUAGGAAUUGUGGAACAACGGAAACGAUUGGAACAGGUGUCUUUAUUUGAAGGAAGAACUUCUGAAGCAAACCAAACGAAAGAUGACUUUACCUCUAUUGAAAGGGAAGAGAAAUUAUACCAAUUAAGAAAAUCAAUUUCAGCAUCUUGGAUAAGAAAAGUAAAGGUUUAUAAGGCUAGAUUGAGUGAUGAGAUUACUCAAAAUAAAAAAUUUUUGUUUGGAAAUGAAGCCUUAUUACCUGUCGAUAAAAAUGAAGGAAUAAUUGCAUACAUGAACCAAGCUCCCUUAUUAUCCGUGAUCGUGUCUGGCUUUGAUUUAAAUAUAUCGACAACAAAAUUUAAUUUGGAUCAAUUACCGCAAUUUAUUCAUGAUAUGGGGCAGGGUGUUCCUGUCGAUACCCGUUAUUCAUUAAUGAUUCCAAUGUUUAUUAGCCUCCAGCUUUUGGAACUUCGUAUGCAUUUACAUGAUUACCCCCUUCCGUUAUUACGCGUCCCAUACAACAUGGAUAAUACAUCCAGUUUAUCUAUGGCAGGUCAUUUAAUCCUAUCAGAGGCUUUGGUAAAUGAAGCAGAACAUUUGAGAAAUUUACAUAUUCCUCUAGUACCAGAUGUUAAAAACGUUGUAGGUGAUAAGCAUUAUGCCUUAACAAUAAACAAGUCUUUAUCAUCGGUAAAGCUAUUUACGGACCUUAGUGUGAAAUUUACGUCACAAGAAGCAAGCAGAUUUGUAUGGGGUCAAUCAUAUCAAUUUGGAAUACAACAGGUUCUGUUAAACUUUGAUCAAUUUUCAAAACCUCCAGUUGAUCCAUCGUUGAAGCUUGGAUUUUGGGACAAGAUAAGAUACAUUAUGCAUGGAAAAUUUAAAAUUGAAACCGGGUCACAUAAUAGCUUGGAAGUAGCAUUCAAAGGCUCCAGGGAUCCUUAUGAUUUGUUCAACGUGUCAUCGGGAUUUGUAUUAGCAUUCAAUGAUAACGUGUUAUGGACGGUUAAUGAAAAUGAUGAUUCUCAACUGUUUAUGAAAGUUAAAUCAGAUAAAGUAUUGUGGUAUAUUCCUAAUUAUUUAGCAACACCGUUAGUUUCGUGGUCAAGGGAUAGUUCAAAGUACAUUUUCUUACCAAACUCGAAAAACUUUAUUUCAUCAUGUUUUGCGUACUUUUUGGAGGAAACGCCACAUACCGAUUUAGAUACUCAAACAUCAAAAUCUCAUAUUCACGAAAAGAAAGUAGUAAGCUUGAAAGGUGGUGUUAAUUUUAUCAUUGGGUUUUUAUUGCAAAGACAUACUGGUUCUGAACUCACCUCUCGUGAAUCUAAACACCAUUAUGACGUUAAACUCUUCAAUCCAGAAUAUACCAAAGAGGGCCACGACUCGUAUGCUGGAUUUAGAAGUGAUCGGAUUAACAUGUCAAUUUCUUUUCACGCUAAUACGGAAAAUAGUUACAACUGUAUUCAUUUGAGUCCUAAUACUUUUAAGCAGUUUUUUAAUUGGUGGACAUUAUUUGCAGGAAACAUGAUGUUACCUAUAAGACGAGGUGACUUAUUUGGUGAUUCCAAAAAAUCAAUGAAGUUUUCUCAACAUUUAUUUACUAAUAAAUUCCAAUUUAAUUUUAAAUCUUUAUUCAUCUCACAUAUUUAUCGAGAUGAAAAUGUUGAUGCAAACGAUGAUAAGAUUGAAUGUGUUGGAGUUCGAGGAAAAAUGGACGAAUUCCUGGUCGACUUGCAUCAAGUUAAAGAGCCCCGUGUCAUGAUACAUGAAGGGUUAUCCAAGAAUAAAAAGAUAAUGAAAAUGAAUUUCCGAUUAGGUGAAGUGCAUCUAACGGGAAUAGAUUUGAGGACAGUCAAUGCCAUUUUUGAUCAAGACAUAUAUGCGCGUAGGAUACAAAGUGAGGAUAGUAAAUCUAAAUUUUCUGUCUUUGAUAAUGAUGCACAAUGGUUUGAUAUUGAAGACUACGAAGAGGCUUUUAUUCCUACUUUAAGGAAAUCACGUAGAUCAAUCAAAAUACAUGCAUUAAUGUACUCUAAAAGAUUUUCUUAUUUAAGAGAUACAACCAAUGAAUCAGACGAGGUGAUCGAUACGCAAGAGGAGGAUAAUGCACAUGGCUGUCUCCUAGGAUCAAAGAAUAUUUAUUCCCUUCAAAUAGAGCUUUUGAAAGAUCGAAUAAGUCAAUUAGAGGAAAGAAUAAAGGUUAAUAAAACCAAGCAGCUAUCAAACGAACAAUUGUAUAAAAGAAUUGAAUUAUUGAAGAAUGAUAUUCAGGAACAGGACACGAGACGCUUACAAAGAAAGGAACAACGUGAUAGAUCAAUGAAGCCGAAUUUUAAUUCUAUGUUCCAUAACAAAUUCGUUUUGGUCUGCAUGUUUUUAAAAUGGAAUGUUCAAAAUAGAAAUUUAUUAUACAAAUAUGUUCAUUUUGUUCAAUUAAAGGUUCAGUUAAGAAAGUAUCUAUCUUACGAAUCUAUUAGGGCAAUUCAUAAUAUUAUUGAUAAUAACAUCGCCGAAACCGGUGGCGAUGAACUUUCUAUGAUUUCGGAAACAUUAAGUAAGAUAAAACUGGAAAAACUAGCAAACGAAAUUUCUAGAAACUCUGAAUCGUCACAACAAAGGUUGAACAACUUUGAUAGUAUAAUAUGUAAAGCCGACGAAAAUGAACGUAUAUCGGAGGAUUUCCUAAUUGAAAUUCUCUAUCCUCAAAUUCAAUUACAAAGUGAUGAGACACCAGAUAGAAUCGUUUUGAUGGCAGUUCCAAGCAUUGAUGCGAAAAUUGUAUCCGUACUUACGAAAUCGAACAAUCAAUUAGUCGUUAACGAACGUGAAUUAGAAAACAGGUAUGGUGUAAUAUUAAGGGAUGCAAAUAUCUUCGUUUUAAAUAAAGAAGACGUUCUGAAUGUGAAUAAAUUAAUUUUGAAUAAAAGGACGUACGGAUCGACAACAAGCUGGCCUCCUUGGUUAGGUAUUGAAAUUUGUAAAAAUGGAAGACUAGCAGGAGAGGAUAAAUUAAUAGUUGAGAAAACAUCAAUGUUGAUUACCUAUGAACAGAUCAAUCCAUUGGGAAUUCAAUUGAUCAAUGAUAAUAAUGAGCGUACCUCUGAGUUAGGUGAAAUGGAGGUUGAAUCUAUAUCCCGAAAGGUCAAUGUAGAUAUACCGGAAUUCAAGAUCCUAUCGACAGCAAAACAAUAUCACACUUUGUACGUUAUCGUUUUAAAUCUACUCUUUUAUGUCGAGCCUAAGAGUAAAUCCUUAGGUGAGAAACUAGAGAAAUUGAAGUUCUCCAUAGAUUUCUUGGAUUUGAUUGCGUUGAAUGAAAGGUUAACUAACCUACACAAAUACUAUAGACUAAUUAAUAUUUUGUCUAAUAAUUAUGGGUUCAGGCAAGAUAUGUUAGAUAAUGAAGGUUUGAAUGAUCAUUUACUGCUUAACGUUGAACGAGGAAAUGCUAUCACUGAGAUAUAUUUGUUGAUGAAUUCAUUGUUAACUGGAGAAUUAUUUAAUGAUGAUUCUAAUUCUAAAACAUUGGCUGAAUGGAAUAUAAAUGCCGACAGUAUCCAGUUAUUUAUGCUCGAGGAUGAUCGGACCCCGUUUUUAAAACUUUUAAUGGAUCACGGAAAGUAUAGAAGAAGGAUCAGUGAAAAUGGCUCAAAUGAUAAUAGAAUUGAAAUUGAAAAUAUGCAAGGUAUUAAUUUAUUUUAUAAUGCUUAUUAUACAAGAAUGAUGGAGCCGCUAACCGGACUUUCUGGUAACGAAAACAAUGAAUCUAACAAUUUGAUAACUGUUGACUGGUCCAUGAAAAGGUCUAUUGGUGGUAUUAAAGUAUUGGAUUAUUUUUCGAUAAAUUCACAACCGUUAAAUAUCAAAAUUGAUGAAAUAACUGGUGAGAAGGUAUUGAAAUACAUAUUCCCUGGAUCAGACACCGAAAAUUUUAAUUUGCUUGGAAAUAGUUCACAUGGUAAUGAAGAAGAGAAUGAUAGCGAUCUCGAUGAUGAUAAUGACAACAGGAAGAACCGAGAAUCGUUUGCUCAAGAACUCGAAGGAUCGAAAAAAGCUGUAACUUUUGAAGACGAUAAUUCUAGCUCGAACAAAAGUCGUCAAAGAAAUCAAAUGAAGUUUGAUCGGUCCAUGACGAGACUAUCAAAUAAUAAGCUGCAGUUGUCUAGUUCGGUAUCUUCGAAUGAUGAAGCAGAUGCAGACUUAGAUGAAAUGCUUGAAAGAUCAAAGAAAUAUUUGAGCAUCGGGAAUUUGAACAUUAGCCCAAUAUGCCUUUUGAUUUCAGUGAAGUGUCACAAUGGAUACAAGAGAAUCUUAAAUGUUCAAGAUUUAUUUAUAAAGUUACCCGAAUUUACUAUUGGAAACCAAGUAUUAUCCUUAUUAGAAGUAACCAUGAAAUUCAAGAGGAUGAUAAAGAAAGCAUUAUUAAGCCACAUUGGAAGGCUAUUAAGAAAUAAGAUGACAGUUAAAAGGAACAGAAUAAGAAAUAAAACUGCUGCAAAUGGUCAAAUAGCAGAUGAAGCAAUUAUAAAUACACAGUUAUGA